AUGAAGCCAAGAAAUAUAAACAGCUUGUUAGCCAUUUGGUGCAUCCUAUUUUCCAUCUGCGAGUACGGCUAUGUAGGGAGCCUCCGCAUCGGGCUCCGAAGAAACUACAGUCAGGGUGACAGUUCUGAUCGGCUUGGGGGAAGCGACGUGGACGUUAGAAGAAGUGGAGAGCUAAUGGACUUGGGAAAAAAUGCAAACAUUUUAUGCAACAAUAUUUCUUGCAAUAGCAAAAAGGAGGCUUCAUUUCUCAGUCAGAAGAAGCAACUUGAAGAUGAUGACGAUGACGAGUUGGCGGCCCUGUACAACGACGACGAUGAUGAUGCGUCUACCACUACGGGAGGCGGCUCUGAGACGAGUGACGACGACGAGCUGGAGCUUCCCGACCAAGACGAGGGGGCAGACGAAGGGGAGGCCGAGGACCAACUAGCCACCCAGGAGGACUCCGAUAAUAGCGGGACAGACCAAGGGCUCAAAAAGAAGGUCAAUCUGAGCAGACACGAAAAACUCAUAGAAGAUAAGAAACAGCAGACGGAGAACACCUUUAAGAAGUACCGCUUCGGCGAUGAGGAAGAAGAGUCCGAAGAAAAAUCCCCAGGAAAAAGCAAAUCGCUCGACCCGAGCUCCCUAGAUGAUGAUGAUGGCGAAGGUGACGAUGAUGAUGAUGGUGAUGAGAGAGAGAAGAAGCAAUCGAACACGAGGAAAGCAAUGAAGAAGGAUUUGGACGUGUUUCCGGGCUUAUACUUUGCAGGCAUAGGGUAUGACUCUCUCUUUGGAAACCCCCUGGGGGAGGCGGACUCUCUGACGGACCCCGGCUAUAGGGGGCAGAUUAUUCUGAUGAACUGGGAGCUCAGCAACAAAGGAGUUGCGAACGACUUGGCUACUUUGCAACCCUUGAAUGGGUGGAUUCGAAAGGAAAACGCCUGCAGUAGAGCAGAAUCGAUCAAAGAGUGCAGCAGCGUCUCGGACUACACCAAAAACCUGACGGCGGAGGCGAGCGUGUCGGGCAGCUACAUGGGCUUCGGGGCCUUCUCGGCGUCCACAGGGUAUAAGAAGUUCCUCCAGGAGGCGUCCAAGCGGACCAGCAAGACGUACCUGGUCAAGUCCAACUGCGUGAAGUACACGGUUGGCUUGCCUCCCUACGUGCGGUGGGAACAAACGACGGCCUUCAAAAACGCAGUGAACGGACUCCCGCCCCACUUCACGGGCCUCGAAGCAGACAGCGAGUGCGCGUCGGAUGUCUACGAGCAGAAGAAGACGUCCGAGGAGUGCGAGACGGUGCACGCGUGGAUUAGGUUCUUCAAGACGUACGGCACGCAUGUCAUUAUGGAGGCGCAGCUGGGUGGCAAAAUCACAAAAAUCAUCCGCGUGGAAAACUCCUCGGUGAACCAAAUGAAGAAGGACGGAGUCAGCGUGAAGGCGCAGAUAAAGGCGCAGUUCGGCUUUGCCAGCGUAGGAGGGUCCACAAACGUCAGCUCCGACCAUUCCUCGAAAAAAAACGAAGACAAUUACGAAAUGAGCGAACAGCUAGUUGUCAUCGGAGGGAACCCAAUCAAGGAUGUUACGAAGGAAGAAAAUUUAUAUGAGUGGUCCAAAACAGUGUCCACCAACCCAAUGCCAAUAAACAUAAAGCUGCUUCCAAUUUCCACCAUUUUUGACUCGGACGAUUUGAAGAACUCCUAUGAGAAGGCCCUCAUUUACUACACCAGGCUGUAUGGCUUCUCCCCCCACGACACGAUGCAGAAGGACGAGAAGGACAUCGUUAAGAUUCUGACCGCUUCCACGACGGUCACCAAAACCGGCCCACCCCCCAUAAGCGCGGAGUGCCCACACAACAUGGUGGUCCUAUUCGGCUUCGUCGUCAAGCAGAACUUCUGGGACCACACCAACAAACUGCAGUCGUACGAAAUGGAGAUCUGCGAAUCCGGCGCGAGUAGCUGCACGUCCAAACAGGGAAACACAAAUAAAUAUGAUGUGUCCUACACCUACAUCGAAUGUGGCCCCCAGGCUUUGCCCUUCACCGAGCAGGUGGUCAGCGUAAGUGGCACCACCUACAACUCAGUGAAGUGCCCUAACGAUUAUUCCGUUCUGUUUGGAUUCGGAAUGGCCACUUCUUCUGGCAGGCACCAAUCGGCUCUCUACUCGUAUUUCACGCCCUGCCGACCAGGCCUGAAAAGCUGCUCCCUAAACAUGAACGAACAUGAUGACAAGAGCUACAUAUACCUGGUCUGUGUAGACGCCACCAUAUGGACGGGCCUAAACGCCCUCUCGAUGAUCGCCAAGGAUGAUUUACACUCCGCUGUUAACAGGUACCAGCAAUUUAAUGAUGGCGAAUUAGUCGUUACAUGCCCUUCGGAAGGAACCAUAUUGACUGGAUUCUAUGGUGAGACGCACACCUCCAGUCCCUAUGUGACUGUGCCCUUUGGCAAAUGCGCCAAGAGUUUAAAGGCCUGCUCAGUGCAUGGGUCCGGCCAGGCAAUCGGCAUUCACAACUACAGAACGUUGUUCACCGUGGCGCUGUGCAAGAAUAACUAG